AUGCCGAGUGAUAAGACGAUCGGCGGAGGUGAUGAUUCAUUCAACACCUUUUUUAGCGAGACUGGCGCGGGCAAGCAUGUUCCUCGUGCCAUUUUUGUCGACCUCGAGCCAACUGUUGUGGACGAGGUGCGAACUGGCACCUACCGCCAAUUGUUCCACCCUGAGCAGUUAAUCACGGGGAAGGAAGAUGCUGCUAAUAACUACGCACGUGGCCACUACACUGUGGGGAAGGAGUUGAUUGACCAGGUUUUGGAUCGCAUUCGCAAACUUAGCGACCAAUGCACUGGUCUGCAAGGCUUUUUGCUGUUCCACUCGUUCGGUGGCGGCACUGGAUCUGGCUUCACGUCUCUCUUGAUGGAGAGACUGAGUGUUGACUAUGGAAAGAAGGCUAAGCUAGAGUUUUCGAUCUACCCCGCUCCGCAAAUCUCCACGGCGGUCGUGGAGCCGUACAACUCGAUUCUGACCACCCACACUACACUGGAGCACUCUGAUUGCUCCUUUAUGGUUGAUAACGAAGCCAUUUACGACAUCUGCAGGCGCAACUUGGACAUUGAGAGGCCGUCCUACACCAACCUCAACCGCCUCAUUAGUCAAGUUGUGAGCUCAAUCACGGCGUCACUUCGCUUUGAUGGCGCGUUGAACGUGGACCUGACGGAGUUUCAGACGAACUUGGUGCCUUAUCCGCGUAUUCACUUCCCGUUGGCUACGUACGCGCCCGUGAUCUCGGCGGAGAAGGCGUACCACGAGCAGAUGACGGUAGCUGAAAUCACCAAUUCGUGCUUCGAGCCGAACAACCAGAUGGUGAAGUGCGACCCUCGUCAUGGCAAGUACAUGGCGUGCUGUCUUCUCUAUCGGGGCGAUGUGGUGCCGAAGGACGUGAACGCUGCGAUCGCAACCAUCAAGACGCGACGUUCCAUUCAGUUCGUGGACUGGUGUCCGACCGGCUUCAAGGUUGGCAUAAACUACCAGCCACCGACUGUGGUGCCAGGCGGCGAUCUGGCAAAGGUGCAGCGCGCUGUCUGCAUGCUAAGCAACACCACCUCUAUUGCUGAGGCGUGGGCUCGUCUUGACCACAAGUUUGACCUGAUGUACGCCAAACGAGCAUUCGUGCAUUGGUACGUCGGCGAGGGCAUGGAAGAAGGCGAGUUCUCGGAGGCUCGUGAGGACAUGGCAGCCCUUGAGAAGGACUACGAAGAGGUUGGUGUGGACAGCACGGACGAGCUGCCAGAGGACGGUGAAGAGUACUGA